CAUCGCGCCGGCGUUGGCGGCAUCAGCGUUUCGGUUGCCUUGGCGAUGCGGUUUGACGACGCUUCAAACAAUCGAUUUCAAUCGAUUGAAAUGACUUCAGAAAAUCCACACGAUAAAGAUCAGACGCAAUAAAUUUAUUUGGUCGUUUAUUUCAAAUUAUUUUACCGCAUAGAUAGGAUGACGUUGUACUUCGAGAAUCCGGUGAACUUCGCCGAGGCGGACACCAUCACCACAGACGAAAUCUGGCACCCUCUCUCGCCGCUGCUCGCCGUGGCCAGUUAUUCGCAGGAACGCGGCGGUUUCGUGACGAUUUUCGACGAAUUGGGUGAGCCUUUGAAUGAUGUGAAUUUCCCAUAUCAUGCGGUUUCGCAAGUGACUGCAUUGACUUGGCACCCGGAGCGGCAUAUUUUAGCCUCCGGAUGGGAAAACGCUGAGUUGAAGGUAUGGACCGGAGAUAAAGAAUUUCAACACGUCGCUACGCCUCACUUGGGGCCGAUUACUAUCUUGGAGUUUAGCGAAAAGGGAGGCAGGCUAGUCAGUUGUGAUACAGCCGGUAAUCUGGUGGGCUGGAAAGUGGAUUCAAGGGGCGAAGUAAUAACAGCAUUCCACCAUGAUCUCAAAGAUAGCAUCACUCAAGUGACCUUCCGAUUGACCAUCAAGACCUCACCCGAAUACGACGUUGAAGGUUUAGCUAAAGCCGCGGUAAAUGGCGACGAGCGAGCCCUGGACAUGUUCAGCAAUUGGCGCCCCAAAACAACAGCGAGAAAAUUCCGUGUCCAGGACGGCAGUGACAACACCUGUUUCUUCGUGGGCACCCAGAGCGGCGUCAUCUACUACAUCAACCAAGGUGGCGCAUGUGCCGAGGUCCUCAACACCGAAGGCACCCCCUUGAAGUAUAUCCUCUACCAUCCGAAUUCAGACUCAAUCAUUGUGAUGAUGGAGGGUUUUACCAUUGGACACUUUCGUGUGGAUUUCCAGGGUCACCUGAGUGAAUUGGUCAAAGUGAAAAUGAGCGGACGAGGGCAGAUGAACCGUGGGACCAUCAACCAGGGUCUUAUCUGGUGUGGUGCCACCUCAUUAGCAAUCCUUACUGGGGAUCUCACCGUGCAGGUGUGGGAUAUAGAUACUCAAUACAAUUACGUCCUGCCCACAAUGUUGAAGAACUUUGGUACUCCCGGCGAAGAUCUCAGUCGGCAAAUGAAUGAGAUGUUCACGUGCAUAGCUUAUUGUCGUGUGAAUCAAACUAUAUGUGCGGGUACGCAUUGCGGCCGGAUUUAUUUCUGGGUACGUGCGGCGAACAACAAGUCCAGACACCCCGAGGAUUGCUGGGAGUUACAGAAUAUUAGUGGUGUUACCGGUACCGUGAAACAAUUGCAUUGGGGUACGAUUCAGUUGCGGCGGCCAUUGUUGAGUGUGAACUGUGUGACACGCGUGUACAUUAUGAAGGAACAAUUACUUGCAGCUUCUUUCACAGAAAGAAUCUGGGCAACUCAACGAACCGCAAAUGAAAUCCUUAUAGAAACCCCGGAAGGACGUGCUUCGGUAAAGUGCGACAUACAAGUUGGAGACUUGGCAAUCAACGAAGAAUACUUGGCUGUUACCAAUGGACGCGCAAUCGCCGUCUAUUCGUUAUCCAGAAAAACGGCAAUGACUGCUAUUGAACUAGGCAACUUCCCAUGCGAUAACGAAAAGAUCUGCCUGCAUGUGAAGAAUGUCAUCGUGAUGUUCCAAACUGGGAUUACAAUUCGCAGUUCAACGGGGACCAUUUUAUCACAGAUUCCUGUGAUUGCCAGCGAAGGGGAACCAAUUGGAAUGGAGCUAGCUGGUGAAAACCUCACAGUGUUCACAAUGGACGGCUUUCUGAAACUGUAUAAUCUAUCAGGCGAUGAACCAAAGUUGACGACUCCAGUGAAGUCAAUGUAUGACAUGGUGCCGGACUUUGGCGAGAUCAUUCAAGCAAAGUCCAAUCGAGUUGGUAACAGAAUUGCGCUCACAUUGGCCGAUGCCAAUUUAAUCCCCGAUGGGAUCCUCUACAUCUGGGACAUUGAAGAUGACAGUAUAGUACAAUAUGAUUUUUACAAAGCGCAGGAUAGCAAUGGUGAAGCCGAGGAGUAUUAUGAUAAAGACGGGACGACAGAGAAGACGUUCCAGGAGAAUUUCGCGCGGAUAUGUUCAAAUCGCGUGAUUUUAACCAUUUGCUGGGACGUGGAUGACUCACGCCUGCUUUGCUGCAAUGCGAAGAAACGAUCAAUGUCCGCUAGAGACAAGAUUAUCAUGGAUGACCUGAAACGAAUACAGAAAAUCAAUCAGAAACCCUUGGAUCUUGAAGAACAAAUCCUUGUUACCAUGUUUUAUUCGCAUGAUCGCGGUAUUUCCAUUCAAGACAUCCGCAUGACAGACCCAGAAGCCAGAUUAUUGGGUAUGGCUACACCGUACAUCGCCAUAUUGCAAAAACUCUCCGUGCAUCGUGAACUGAUGAAUGACUUCAAUGGUUUGGAGACGUGUAACAAGGCAACGAAAGACGCAGUUUUAGAUUUUAGCUAUAAUCUAUCACUGGGUAAUAUGGAUGAGGCUUUCAAAGCAAUCAAAUCCAUUCAAAGUACAGGCGUCUGGAGUAGUUUGGCACGCAUGUGUGUGAAGACUCGGCGUUUGGAUGUAGCUGGUGUGUGUCUGGGACACAUGGGUAACGCACGUGCUGCACGAGCAUUGCGACAAGCUAUGAAUGAUGAGAGUCUGGUGUUUGAAGCAAAACUAUCUGUGUUAGCGGUGCAACUCGGCAUGUUGGAAGAGGCUGAGCAAUUAUUAACUGAGUGCAAUCGCCAUGAUCUGUUGAACCAACUCUAUCGCCAACGAAAUAGAAUAGAGUUGUCUCUGGCGAUUGCCUAUAGUAAAGAUAGGAUUCAUUUGAGGAAUACGGAACAUGCAGCAGCUCGCGGAUUGGAAGCAGAUGGUCGACUGAAUGAGGCGAUUAUACGCUAUGAAAAAGCAAUGACUCACCAGUAUGAUGUACCUAGAAUGCUGAUGGAUCACCCUGACUUAUUACAUCAAUACAUGUCAAGGGCAACCGAUCCUGAUUUGAUCAAAUGGUGGGGCCAAUACACGGAGAGCCAAGGAGACAUGCAAGCAGCUUUGCAGAUUUACGGCAAAGCGAAUGACGUUUACUCCCAGGUGCGAGUCCUUUGCUUCCUGGGGGAUGAAUCCCGUGCGUGUGAUCUUGCACGUUCUUCUAGUGAUAAAGCAGCGUGUUACCACUUGGCGCGACAUUAUGAAACCUUAGGGAAUAUCGAAUAUGCCGUGGCGUUCUUCAAGAGAGCGAACGCUUAUUGUAACGCAGUGCGACUCUGCACUGAGCACCACAUGGACGAAGAACUAUGGAACAUAGGAUUGGUAGCAGGUCUGGCCGAACAAAUGGAAUGCGCCAGAUACUUCGAGAGAGCUAAUGCUUUAGAUAAAGCCAUCAUGUUGUACCACCGAGGUGGAAUGUUCCACAAAGCGCUGGACAUGGCAUUUGAAACGCGUGAGUUUGACACUCUGCAAUUGGUCGCCAGGGAUCUAGAUAAAAACUCAGAUCCGGCUUUGAUUAAAAAGUGUGCUGAAUAUUUUAUUACUAAUGAACAGUAUGAGAAAGCUGUGGACAUGUUUGCUAUCGGAAAGAAGUUUUCCGAUGCGAUUGAUCUCUGCCUAGCGCACAGUGUGCAACUUGAUGAAGAGUUGGCUGAAAGACUCACACCUAAUAAAGCAGAGGUGACGGAGGAGCUGCGCGUGCGUAUUCUGGAAAGUCUCGCAGAGACUUUGAUGAGUCAAGGUAACUAUCACCUGGCGACAAAGAAGUUUACCCAGGCUGGGGAUAAAAUCAAAGGAAUGAAAGCACUCCUGAAGUCGGGUGACACCGACAAGAUUAUUUUCUUUGCUGGAGUGUCACGCCAGCGAGAGAUUUACAUCAUGGCGGCGAAUUAUCUACAAACUCUUGACUGGCAGAAUCAACCGGAUGUUCUCAAGAACAUCAUCAAUUUUUACUUGAAAGGCAAAGCCCUUGAUCUCUUAGCGAAUUUUUAUGUGGCCUGUGCACAUGUUGAAAUUGAUGAAUUCCAGAACUAUGAGAAAGCUCUGGGUGCUUUAACUGAAGCGCAAAGAUCUUUAGCGAAAGUAACACAACCGAAUGAUGUGAUUGCACAUCGAAGAGCGACGGAAAUCAUGCAGCAGCAAUUAACUGCAGUAAAGCGCUUUGUUGAUAUCAAGCGCAUUUUUGAGCGCGGGGAUUAUAAUUCUGGUUUACAGCAGUGUAAAAUGUUAUUGAGCGGAGGUGAUAGCGAAUUGGAGACGUCAGUGCGCCGCGGGGACAUUUAUGCGCUCAUGAUUCAAAUGGCGAUUAAAAACGAGAAGUUUGACGAUGCCAAACUGUAUUUCUUGGAGUUGAGACAAAUCUUAGCAUCGACCACGCAAACUCCAAUCACAUACUAUGUUAAUAAAGAAUUGCUAGAUGCACUUGCGAGGGGCUUGAGUAUUCCGGUAACAUCUCUCGUCCCCAAUCUGAACAAACCCAGCGAGCAAAUUGAAGAUGAUCACGAGAUUAACGAGGAACUUAUUGAAGAAUAGAAAGAAGAACGUUUGAUAUUUAUUUGUUAUAAAAUCUACAUUAAAUUUAUGUUUAUAUACAUGUUUGGCUCCACCAGGUCACAGACCAGCACUACGACAGCCGUGACCGAUCUGCGCGUGAACACGACCGCACUCAACGCCGUCGCGCUCAGCUCUGUCGCCAAAUACUGGGUGCUCACCAACCUACUGCCAGGACCAAUACCACAAGUGUCUGUUUACGGCCUGCCUGGCUCGGCCGCGCGCAACGACAACCAAAAACUAUCUCAAGAUACAUCUGUGACUCAGCACUCAAGCCUGAUCCAACCAGACAACAUUCUGCUGUCACACAAUGCAAAUCUAACAGUGCCUACAAGUACAAUGCACCUGGACACUCCCAACAACCAGUUGAACAAUCACCAACAGCAGCAGACACAGCACAAUCUUGGCCAGAGCAACAUGGUGCAAGUACAGGUGCAAGACAACAUGGUAUCAGUGAUUGAUGACAAUAAGGAGCACAAGGAGCUGGCUACUCAUCUUGCACAAGCACAGUUGCACAUCCAGGGCGAGAACAAUCAACUGCCGCCACAGGCGAUGUCCGUGCAGCAUCUCCAGCAGCUGCAAGUACAGCAAGUACUUGAUAAUGUCGUACGUAUGGAAACAGCCGAACAAAACGCGAAUUCCGCCGGCGGUGAUGAACAAAUGCACGACAUUAAGGAUGAGAAAACACUGCAGAGCGCGACUAAGUUUUUGUCUGCGCAGUUCGGCCUGCAGGAUAUCAAACCCAACUUGAUGGAUGUGCGCACUGCGGAUGGGAGUAUUGUGAAGAUCUCGACAGGUUUACCGGAUCAAGACCUGGCGAAGACGAUAGGCGUCGAGAUGGUGCAGAACAUGUUUAAGGUGAAUGUCGACGACUUCAAUCAGCUGCUGGCGUACCAUGAAGUUUUCGGCAAGAUUCAGACUGAGCCCACGGCCGGCACAUUGGUGCAGACCGGGCAGAACCAGCAGGGUGUUAAUUUACAGGGCGGCGUUGUGAAUAACAUCGCCUCGGUGCCGAAAGUCCUCGAGAAUGAGCAGGAAGCCUCCACUAGCGGAAUCAACGCGGAGAAUUCACCAACUAUUAUUGCAGGCACACAUGUUUGUGAUAUCUGUGGAAAAAUGUUCCAAUUUCGUUACCAACUAAUAGUCCACCGUCGUUACCACACAGAACGCAAGCCGUUCACGUGCCAGGUAUGCGGCAAGGCGUUCCCGAAUGCAGCGGAGCUCAGUCGGCAUGGAAAGUGCCAUCUCGGCGGCAGUAUGUUCACGUGCAGCGUGUGUUUUCACGUGUUCGCGAACGCCGCGUCGCUGGAGCGCCAUAUGAAGCGGCACUCGACUGACAAGCCAUACAACUGCACCGUGUGCGGGAAGUCCUUUGCGCGCAAAGAACACCUCGAGAACCACACGCGUUGCCAUACCGGUGAAACGCCUUACCGCUGCCAGUACUGCGCCAAGACCUUCACACGAAAGGAACACAUGGUAAACCACGUGCGGAAGCAUACAGGUGAGACGCCGCAUCGAUGCGAUAUCUGUAAGAAGAGUUUUACGCGUAAGGAACAUUUUAUGAAUCACGUUAUGUGGCAUACGGGCGAGACGCCGCAUCAGUGUACGAUUUGCGGGAAGAAAUACACUCGUAAAGAGCAUCUCGCCAACCACAUGCGUUCGCACACCAACGAUACACCCUUCCGUUGUGAGAUUUGCGGUAAGAGUUUUACGCGCAAGGAACACUUCACGAACCACAUCAUGUGGCAUACGGGCGAGACGCCGCAUCGUUGCGACUUCUGCUCGAAGACGUUCACGCGUAAGGAGCACCUGCUGAAUCACGUGCGGCAACACACCGGUGAAUCGCCGCAUCGCUGUGGUUACUGCUCGAAGAGCUUUACGCGCAAGGAACACCUCAUCAACCACGUGCGGCAGCACACCGGCGAGACGCCUUUCCGAUGCAGCUAUUGCCCGAAAGCGUUCACGCGCAAAGACCAUCUCGUCAAUCAUGUGCGUCAGCACACUGGUGAGUCCCCGCAUAAGUGCACCUAUUGCACGAAGAGUUUCACGCGCAAAGAGCAUCUGACCAAUCAUGUGCGUCAGCACACGGGCGAAUCGCCGCAUCGCUGUCAUUUCUGUUCGAAAAGUUUCACGCGCAAAGAGCAUCUCACGAACCACGUGCGGAUACACACGGGCGAAUCGCCGCAUCGUUGUGAAUUCUGCCAGAAGACGUUCACGCGUAAGGAACACCUCACCAACCACCUGCGGCAGCAUACUGGCGAGACGCCGCAUUGUUGUAAUGUGUGUAGUAAGCCAUUCACGCGUAAAGAACACCUUAUAAACCACAUGCGAUCGCAUACAGACGUUCCUCCCAAAGGUGAGCGGCCCUUCAGCUGCGGCGAGUGCGGCAAGUCGUUUCCGCUUAAAGGUAACCUGCUCUUCCAUCAACGAUCACACAAUAAAGGCGCGCAAGCAGAACGCCCGUUCCGGUGUGACCUCUGCGAGAAGGACUUCAUGUGCAAAGGGCAUCUGGUGUCGCAUCGGCGAUCACACAGUGGUGAACGUCCACAUGCCUGCCCGGACUGUGGCAGGACGUUUGUCGAAAAAGGCAACAUGCUUAGGCAUCUACGAAAACAUCAGCAGGAGCUGCCUGCGAAUGCAGCGCCGAUUGUUGAGAUCCAAAUUCAACAACCGCCGAUCUCUGUGUCGACGAGCGCGGCCAGUAUGCAGGCACAGGCGACGCAAGCCGGUGCGCUCGCUACAUCGGUGGCUGGCGGUUCCAUUCUGCAGCAGACGCUGAUGCAUCCAGCGAAUGCGCAUCCUGUUCCCAGUGUACCAACGGCUAACGGCAACGUGCUAGCCACCUACUGAGCCCAGCCACCUUUCCAGGCAUUCGGACCACAAUUACAUUUUCUGCAUAGGUAGGCGCAGAAACUCACAAGAAUGCGGCGAAAGGUGGCAAUGACAAAACAAAAACGAAAUUUGUAUGACAAGCGCAGACGUUUUUUUUUUUAAAUUUUCGACGAUUCAAAGCGAACAUUACGCUAGAAUGUUGAUCUAAGGAUUUAAGUGCCAUAGAGUUGAUUUAUUCCACUAUUUGUUUUAUUAAUAUAUCUAGUUAGGUAGGUACACAUAGCGAAACGGGCAUUAAACGAGUUACGAAGGAACGAAACAGCGAUAAUUAGCUGCAGCGGAGGGUGGCGAAUUGAUUAGGUCUAGAUUACAAUAGUACCGCGCCGCGGGGAACCAAUUGCCGAUCGAACACGUUGAAUCCAAUUGCAGACACAACACAAACGACCAAAUUACAACAAAUUAUGCAAAUGCCUUAUUAGGUUUAUUAGUAGGAGGUGAUCACGAUCGCGAUUCAUUUGACGAGGAUGUGAUGCACAUUGAGCUCACUCAACCACGGCGCCCACUCGAAAUGGCCAUACUUAAUGUUACAGGGUGUCAUUAUUUGUAGGAAAAUGUGGAAAUGUCUUCGUAGGUAUAUUCUAGCUAGGCGGUAGGUUAAUUAGACGUAUUAGCAAUAGACGGCAAAACGUAAACGUGUCAUGUGGGCCGGGUUGCUCUGCUGCUCGUGCGCAUCAGUUUUUUUUUUCUUAAACGGUGUGUCCACUUGCGAUGACAAGCAAGACAAUGAAUUCAUGCAGUUGUUUAGUUUCGUCUGCUUAUGCUAAUAUCUGUUGCUUUUUUAAUAUAUUUUUUACACCUAGUGAUGUAAGCGGAAAUUUUACGAGAUUAGUUUUAAUGCUUUUAAGUGGGCGAAAAUAAUGCGCAAAGGUUGCUUAAGACUAUAUUAAUUUACAGAUAACACCGACAAAUUGUGCAAUUUUCACAAAAUCAAACCUUAACGAUGUAAAUACGAAGUUUUUCAAUUAUUUGGAAGUUAUUUAUUUACCAGUGGAUGUUUUGAUGCAAGAGAAGAUUUGAUUUCAUUUAGUUAGGUAUUUUACUAAACCAAAAAACCAAAACAAGUGGACAAUGCCAUUAUUAGUGUAAAUACUUCGCAAUUUUCUCUUGAAAUCAGGUUUCUGCCAUUGCAAAUCUAAAAUGUUUAGCAUUAAAAAAACGAUGGAAUCUCAGCAAAAUACACUUUAUGUACAUAAUGAUUGAAAUAACUUCCCGAAAUCGAAUCUGAAGCAAUGUGGAACUGGUGGAUGAAAACCAAAGACGAACUGCCCGCAUGACACAUGCGCACAACACCACAUUACCAAUAGUUUGUAGAAAAGCGCCGAAAAUUCAACGCGAAACGAAGCGCAUCGGUCGAAAUUCGCACGCGCCGCGCAUUUAACUAAUAGGAUAACGUGUUUUCUUUCCUAACCCGAAUGAUUGGACGCGAAUUAAUGUUUUAUAUGAUUUGAAAACAAUGUGAUAUACGAUUCCAGACUGGUUUUAUUUUAGCGACAGUAUUAUUUAGCUAGACGGGAUGGGGGAGGCGAAACCGCUCGCAUCCGAGUAGAAGGUAAAUCAAAACCCGUCUUGAAUCCGGCAACCAUAACAAAACAUACAUCCGGCAAUCUGUGACCGAAUGUGCACGUGAACAUUUUGUCGUCGGCCUAAGUGCACACACACACGAUUCGAACGAGGCCUGAGGUGCUGUGACUACGCCAUUCACGCGACAUGAAAACACUUCGGAUUCAUUCACAUAGUGCGUAGGCUACAUGUAUAUUAAGCUAGGACGACGUCGACUCCAAAUAACACAGCAGACUAAGCAAACGAAAGAAUGCAGUGACAACAAUAUGAAAUUUAUACUUAAAUAUUUGCAAAUUAUGGUAUAUAUAAAAUAUAUAUAUAUAAAAAAAAUUUAUUUGAUGAAAAUAAGAAUAAGUACUUUAGCUGAAACAAAAAAUAGCGUAUAGUUCCUGUACAUAUUAACGAAAUAUUUUAAUUGUAAUUUGUAAGCAAAUAAGAUUUACGCUAAUCUAGGUAUGAUACAUUUAAACGUUUAAUCCAAAAUAAUUGAUUUAUACCCAAAUGCAAAGAGCGCUUUAUUUUCUAUUUUACACUGGCGAAUGACCGGCUUAAGUUGAGAGUUUUAUAUUAAAUUUAGUGAGGGAUGGACGCGAAUGGAAAACAGUAUUGUAACGAAACAAUGUCGAACUCAAUGAGAAACUUUUCGAUUUUUCAGCGAUGAAUAAUCGCGAUUUUCUUGUGGAGUUUGUCGGCGCGAUAGGCGAAUUGUCGCUGUUUUAAUCGAAUUGAAAUUGUUUUCACUGAUUAAUUCGUUUACAAACAGCCGCGAUUGGUGGUGUGAGUUUUGCCACGCAUAAAAUUAAUCGAGGAGAUGCAAUGUGAGGGGUUUGUUUGAAUACGUGCUAUUUGAUUAUAUUAAUGUAACUUAAAAAACAAAUAUUAUACAUAGUUUAUUUUAAUGAAAGUAAAUCUAAAAUACAAAUCGAAAGAAAACAUUCUAUUA